GGGGGAGGCGGAGCCACGGCAGUCCUGCCUGAGCCGCCAUUUUUGCAAAGGGGAAAGAGACAGGAGUGAGCGAAUCGAGUUUCCAACAGUCACCGUAGAUAGGACAGAAUUAAAUGGUUCUGAACAGGAAAAACUGAAAAUACAGGAGUCCGAGUGACACCCAGGAACACCAGAACAAACUGUAGUUAUUUUAUGGGGGGUAGUGUUAGGCUUAACAUUUUUUCCCCGUUGUUGUAAACCCGCAGUGGAGACAGUAGUCUUGUUUUGGUUGUGUGGAGACACGGGCGGCGGGGGUCUCACCCGGGUCCCCUGUUCUUCUUUCACAGUACCUACAGUGGACAUUAACGGCCUGGUGGAUGCACUUAGAUGUGUGCAAUGAGUGCUGUGGCUGGAAUGCCUCAGUGUUUUGGAUCCUCCUGCUCCGGACUCAGUAGGACAAGAGUUUCUCAGAAGAGAACGUCAUGAGCAUAGCCGUCCCAGUAGGGGUGGACACCGGAAGCACCUCAUACCUGGACAUGGCUGCAGGCUCGGAACCUGAAUCGGUAGAGGCCAGCCCUGUGGUUGUGGAGAAGUCCAGCUACCCACACCAGAUCUACAGCAGUAGCUCCCACCACUCACACAGCUACAUCGGGCUGCCCUACGCCGACCACAACUAUGGCGCCCGGCCCCCGCCCACGCCGCCCGCCUCGCCCCCACCCACGGUGCUGAUCCGCCCCGGGGAGGGGCUGUUCGUGCCGGCCAAUCAGGACGAGGCGUCGCGCGGCACCACCCUCAGCACCUCGGAGGACAGCAGCUACGGGGCCGACAUCACCCGCUGCAUCUGCGGCUUCACGCACGACGACGGCUACAUGAUCUGCUGCGACAAGUGCAGCGUGUGGCAGCACAUCGACUGCAUGGGGAUCGACAGGCAGCACAUUCCUGAGACAUACCUGUGUGAGCGCUGCCAGCCGCGCAGCUUGGACAGAGACAGGGCCAUCGUGCUGCAGACCAGGAAGAGGGAGAACAUGUCGGACGGGGACACGAGUGCGACAGAGAGCGGGGACGAGGUGCCGCUGGAGCUCUACUCGGCCUUCCAGCACCCGCCGGCCAGCCUCACGCUGCCCCCCGCCCGCCUGGCACACAAACCGGCCGACAAGAAGCGCAAGAAGAGCGGAGAGAAGGACCCCGGGCCCGUCCCCGCCCGCGCCAAGAAGGCAUUCCGUGAGGGGUCCAGGAAGUCCUCUAGGGUGAAGGGCUCGGCCCCUGAGCUGGACCCCUCGGACCCCCCCUCCCUGUGGGAGAAUAAGAUGAAGAGCUGGAUGGAGCGCUACGAGGAGGCCAGCAGUAACCAGUACAGCGAGGACAUGCAGCUCCUGCUCCGAGUCAAAGAGGCUGCAGAGAGCAAGAGCAUCGCCUACAACACACACACCGCUGCAUUCAAACCUCCUGUGGAGAGUCAGGUGCAGAAGAAUAAGAAGAUCCUGAAGGCUGUGUGUGACCUGGCCCCAGACUCGCUCAUCAUUGAGUACCGGGGCAAGUUCAUGCUGCGACAGCAGUUUGAGGCCAACGGUUAUUUCUUCAAGAGGCCGUACCCGUUCGUACUGUUCUACUCCAAGUUCCACGGGCUGGAGGUGUGUGUGGACGCCCGCAGCUUUGGGAACGAGGCACGCUUCAUCCGCCGCUCCUGCAUCCCCAACGCCGAGGUGCGUCACGUGAUUGAAGACGGCACUCUGCACCUCUACAUCUUCUCUCUGAGGCCCAUCGUCAAGGGCAGCGAGAUCACCAUCGGGUUCGACUACGACUACGGCAGCUGUAAGUACAAGGUGGACUGCGCCUGUCUGAAGGGGAACCCCGAGUGCCCCGUGCUCAAGCACAACUCGGAGCCCACCGAAAACGACACGCGGAGGCGGCGGGGGCGGAAGGACAAGGACCCGCCCCGGGAGAGGGAGCGGGAGAGGGAGCGGGAGCGGGAGAGGGACGGGGAGGGGGCGCAGAACCAGAACAUCACCCUGGACUGCGACGGAGCCAAGGGCAAGGGCCUCGCCGAUGCCAAGCAAAGGAAGCUCUCCCCGCUGCGUCUCUCCAUCUCCAACAACCAGGAGCCUGAGUUAAUAGAGGAUAUUGAAGAGAAAACCUCCGUUAGCAAUGAAGUAGAGAUGGAGUCGGAGGAGCAGAUUGCGGAGAGGAGGAGGAAGAUGGCCAACCCAGUGGAGGAGUCCCAUCUGCCCAGUGGGGGGGGCUCCAGCUGGAUGGGACUGAGAAACAAGGAGACGCGGGAGGAGAGGAAGAUGGAGGCCAUCCUGCAGGCCUUCGCCCGGAUGGAGAAGAGGGAGAAGCGCAGGGAACAGGCCCUGGAGAGAAUCGGCACCAAGACCGAGGGAGGGCCCCGCAACGACAUCAAAGAGGAGCCCCCCGCCACGCCCGAGGCUGAAGUUCCCGCAGUGCUGCAGCCGCUGCUGGACGUGGUGAAGGAGGAGCCGGGGCUGAAGGCGGUGGGGCCGGUGGGGCCGGUGGGGCCGGUGGGCGCGGUGGUGGCGGCGAAGGUGAGCCGCUCCAAGCAGAGGAAGAGCUUCUCACGCAGCCGCACGCACAUCGGCCAGCAGCGCCGGCGCGCACGCACCAUCAGCACCUGCUCCGACCUGCCGCCCAGCUCCCCCGGGGAGAGCCUGGAGCCCCCGCCCCCCGAGCCCUGCGAGAGCCAAUCCCCCGCCGCCCCGGAGCCCGAGCCCCUCCCGGCCCCGCCCCCCGACGCCAGCCCCCCCCACAGCGGCUCCCCCGCACCCCCCUGCCGCUCCGCACACAAAUACCCCAAGACUAAAAAGCACUUGGUGAGCGAGUGGAUGGGCGAGAAGCCCGAGCGGGUGGAGCGGGCCCCGGAGCCGGCUCCAGAGCGGCCCCUGCGGAUCAGCAGUGACCCCGAGGUGCUGGCCACUCAGCUCAACUCCCUGCCCGGCCUGGCCUGCAGCCCCCACGUCUACAGCACGCCCAAACACUACAUCCGCUUCUCCUCGCCCUUCCUGGCCUCCCGCAGCUCCGCCUCCUCCGCCCCCGGCGUGCCAAUCAGCCGCCGCCGCUCCCGCGAGCUGCCCGAGACCCCGCCCACCUCCGGCUCCUGCAAGAAGCGCUGGCUAAGGCAGGCUCUGCAGGAGGAAGGCUCUCCGAGCCGGCCCCCGUUCAUCCUGCCCAGUGAGGGGCCCCUCAGCCCCCCCAUAAACGGGGACUCGGACUGCGCCCUCCCCUUCAACGGCAGCUGCACUUUACCAGAGCUGCCCACUCCUCUGAAGAAGAGGCGGUUGUACCCGCUGGACGCCUGCAUGUCAGAAGGCUCCACGCCCUACUGCUCGCCCUGCGCCACGCCCACCCGCACCGACCUCCCAGAGACGCCCGGGACGCCCCUGCUCCUGUCCACCCCGCCCCGCGCCCGCUCAGAGGACCAGAGCGCCGACCCCUCACCCCCCACCCCCACACACACCCCACAGGCACUUAUCGCUUCAGUGGAGAGCGAAUCUUCUCCGGAAAGUUCCCCAGAGAGCAGUCGUAGGCCCAGCGUGCAGGAGGCGGAGCGGCCCCCCUCGUUGCUGGCCUCCCCCUGCGUGAGAGGGCCCAGUCUGGACGCCCCCCCGCAGGAGAUCAGGACGGUGGGGGCCCUGAGCCCGCGGCCCCCCAGGCCCGAGCCCCAGGACUGUGCGGGGGACGAGGCGGGGGACGCCGGGGCGGAGAGCGCGUCCGAAGCCCCCCUGCCGGAGCUCCCCGCGGCCCCCUACCCCUCCUGGAUGAAGAGUCCCGAACAGGGGACCCUCUCCUUCUCCCAGGUCAACUCCAACCUGCGGGACCUCACCCCCUCCCACACGCUGGACCCCGGGGCCUUCCGCGUGGAGGCUGCCGCCCCGGCCGCGUUCGGGGAGGGCCAGCUGUACUACCCCUGCUCUGAGGAAGGCGCUGCCCAGGGGUUCCCCCGCUCACUCGGGGGGGACGGGGCGGGAGACGUCGGGGGUGGGUCUGCUCAGAAUCCCCCCCAGAAGAAGAAGGUGUCUCUGCUGGAGUACAGGAAGCGUCAGCGUGAGGCUCGGCGCAGCGGCUCCAAGGCGGACUGCGGCUCCCCUGUCUCCACGGCGCCCCCUCUGGUGGGGCUGUGCAGCGCUGCGUUUGAGGUUGCCAUGGAGACGGCCCCGGAGCCCCCGCCGCAGUCAGCCGCCCCCGCCCCCGAAGCGCCCCAGCCAAGCGACGGCACGGAGACUCCGCCCCCAGGGGAGAGGGAGGGGGGAGAGGGACAGUGGACAUCGUCUACAUCAGUGGAGCAGGCCAGGGAGCGAGGCUACCACAGAGCACUGUUGCUGAGCGACCACCGCAAGGACCGAGACACAGAUGGCCCUGAGACGGACAGCAGUGACGCAGGCGUAGUGAAGGAGUGUGUGUCUCCCAGCUCACACAAGCCCUGCAGGAGUCCCUCUGUGCACAAGCCGGGCUCCCCGGGCCCCCCCAGUGCGGCCCCCCAGCCCGUGAGUCGCUCAGCGAAGGAGGAAGAGGGCGACACCCAGACUCGCCCCCCCUGCCUCUCUCCGACCGUCCCGCAGGCCAGCAAGCCCCCGGCGCCCAAACCCGCCCCCCUGACCCCCAACAAACUGCAGUGCGGCCCCCCUGGGGCGCCCCAGGGCCUGUACCCCGGCCCCUCCCUGCUGCACUCGCCCAAGCCCCAGCCCCAGGGCUCUCCGUACCGCGGCCAGCGCUCCUUCCACUCGGGGCAGCCUCCGGCCCAACCCCAGCCCCAGGCUCCGCAGGCCUCGGCCUCCUUCGCCCAGUACAGCGCCCAGUCCGCACCGCCGCCCCCGCCCCCCCCUCCUCCGGCCCCUGCAGCCACCGCCGCCUAUUUCCCCGGGCAGACUGCGGCCCCCACGGGGCCCUUCCCCGGGUACAAGCCCGCGGUGGUGUCGCCCUUCCCCCCCGGGGCCCAGCCGCUGAUGCAGCCCCACCACGCGCUGCACUACCAGAGCUCUGCGGCUCCCCCUCCUCCCCCUCCCCCGCCCCCACACCCGCCCGGCCCCGCCCUCAUGCACGUCAACAUGGCCCCUGCCCUGCAGCAGCACCAGCUCCUGCUGAGCUCCGCCCCCCCGCCCCCGCCCCCUCCCAUCCAGGGCCAGGUCGCCCAGCAACAGCCCAGUGGGAGUAACGUCAGCCUCCUGUCCCUCCAGCAGGCCCCGCCCCCCCCUCCGCCCCCGCCCCCUCCCCCCUCGGGCUCCACCAACCCCCCCCUGCAGGCGGCGCAUCACUACCAGAGUCUGGGGGGGUUCCAGGCGCCCAUGCUGCACCCGGGGGCCAACAGCGCCCAAAACGCGGCGCCCGCCACCUACCAGCCUCACCAACAGAACGUGCUCCCGCCCCCUCCCCCGCCCCCGCCUCAGCAAGCCCCGCCCACGCAGUCACAGGCCACGCCCAGCGGAGCCCGUGGAGCCCCUCCCUCCUCCGCCCCCUUCCACACAGCAGGGUACCUGGGCACCGGGUGGCACUGACAACCCCCCCACCCCUUCUCCCCUUCAAAAUAAAAGCCCCACAAACUCACUUAAAGACGUGCGAGGAUACCAUGUAAUUUCACAUGUAAAUAUUUUCUAUGUACUUGUACACAAAGCCAACGGAAAAACAGGACGAAGAAAAAGGGUACUUUUUUUAAAGGAAAGAAGGAAAAAAAGACUGCAAAGCAAUCCUGUAAAGAGACUUUGUACAAAAUGGACGACAGACGAAUCCGGUGCUCAUCGCCCUCUCCAUGACACCCUGUCCUCAAAGGCGCCUUUUCUAUUUUAUUCUUCUACUUCAUAAGCCCUCCCUCGUGGCUGAGGGUCUCGUCUGUCUGUCUGUCUGUCUGUCUGUCUGGCGUCCUGCUGUCAGGCCCAGCUUUCUUUAUCAAUGGACAUUCCACCCCACCUUCCCCCCUUCCUCCCUGUCUGUUUUGUUUGUCUGUUCACAUUUUCUCUUCUCAUUUAUCUGUUCUUUUCCCCAUUUAUUUGUGUAUUUAGUGGCUCAGUUUAGUGAGAAAAGAAAGCUUUUGUACAAAGAAAAUACAGAAUUAUUAUUUUUUUUAUUCCUGCGUGUAACAAAAAAAUUGUGCACCGCUGCAGAGGUUUGGAGAGAAAAGCAUUCUGGGAGCCGACUUCACUCCCCCAGGAGAGUGCUCUGCGCAUGUGCGUGUGUGUGUGUUUGAGUGCGUGUGUGUACGUGUGGGCGUGCGUGCGUGUGAGAGAACGAGAGAAGAUUGAAAGCAAGUGAAUGUCCUGGCUUUUAAGAGAGCCCAAGUGAGAAAUGACCUGUAGGUAGUAUGUUAGCGGUUUAUUUUUUAAUUCUAAUGGUUAUUUGUAGAAAAUGUAAUUUAAUGUAUAGAUGGUUACUCCAGCUUUCUGCAGAAGCGCCUGUACAUAGUUGCUUCUUUUCUUUUCUAUGCCUGUACAAUUCGCUCCCAUCCCAUUUUGGAAUAUCGUUUGUAAAUACGAGCGCUCUCUUUGCAAAGCUGAAUGGUCCCGUGACUGUAGCACUAUUAUUUUCUUCUCUUUUCUUUCCUGGAUCCUCUAUUAUUGUAUGUCUUUUUUAAUUGUGUGCGCGUGCGAGUGUGUGCGUGCGGAAGAGAGACUCAAGACACAGCACUGGUUAGCUAUUUUCAUUGCUCAUGAUAAUAAAUCACACUUAUGUCAGUUUUAUACCACCAA